GCCCCGCGUAGCACAAGGUACCAUUGCACGUACCCUGCGCUCGUCGGUCCUGAGGGUUUGGCCUCGCCGCGCAGAACCGGCGCCGCCACGAGCUACUCUCGGCCAUGUGACGCCGCGUUCGACAAGAGCGCAUGUUACCUGGAGCGGCGUCGCCUGGUCGAGAAGCUGGAAGCGCCGGUGGAGCGUGCUCAGCGACGUGCGCAAGCCCGUCCACACGAUCGACGCGCCAAGGCCCGUGAGAAGGCUCGACCGAUUGGCAUCGGUUGGCAGUUGAAAACACACGUCCAAGACCACAUUGCCCUUUGCGUUGAGCGACGGCGCCGUGACGUCGACGCGUCGGAGGCGGACGCUCGUCUUGACGUCCGACUGCGCGAGGAACGCCACGAGCGCGUGCGACACAUUGGGCGUUGCGUGCUGAAGCUCGUCGAGGGAGACGGCUUGGGCGACGCGCAGCGACGCCUGGACGCACGGUGGCGGGCUGCGUCCAUCUGUCGCUGGGCCUUGCACGACGACGAGCUCUGCGCCACCAACGCAUGCGAGCAGCCAUAGCAGUAGCAAUAGCCCUCGUCGCUUGGCCAUGGAUAUCCGAAAUGCAACGGAAACGACCGGCGAAACCACAGAAGGUUUAGUGCACAAGCCAUGAGUGCACCCCGCGCUGGCUUCAUGUCGAGCUUUGACUUGACGCGCGAAGAAGAGGCCGAGCUCCACGAACAUGCGCGGUCGAAAGCACCGGAGCUCAUUGCGCUCGCACUGGACGAGACGAGCUACGAGUGGAAGAAGACAAAGUACGGCGUGAGCGUGACCGAAGCGACGCACGGGUCGCAGCACCUCGUGCGCAGCUCGGCGGUCGUGCACGCGCCGGCGGCCGCGCUCCUUGCGCUUCUCGAGAGCUCUGUCUUGCACGCGUACCGUAACACGCUGCGCACCAUGUACCAGCAGACGUUUGCCGACGCGUCCGUGCUGUACCACAACCAGCUCAACCGGACCGAGUCGGUCGGUGUCCAGUGGCUCGCCUUUCGAUGCGGCAAUCCGCUCCUCUUGGACGUCGAUGUAUGUCUUGUUGAGUACAUGCAGCACAAUGCUGCGUCGGCGACGCCGCUCGACAACCAGCGAGACGGCCAUGGCCUCGGCCCCGAGCACUGCCUUGGGUACAAGCUCCUCGAGUCGAUUCAAACCAAGCACUGCCCGUCGCUCCUUGAGUCGCACCGGCUCGAGCGCAUCGUGCUGCCCCUCGGCGGGUUCCUCCUCUUCCCGACGGCGCACGCCGACCAGACGCGCGUUGUGUUUACCGCCGGGCUCUUUCAGCCGCCCGCGGCCUUGCGCAAGACCGCAAACCGCCGGCUUUUGCUCUUGCUGGCGGCCGCGCUCCCGCGUCUUCAGCAUGCCGUGAACGCCACGCGGCUCGGCGCAGCCUUAGCGUCGCGUGUGCCGUGGGUGCCAGACGAGGCCGAGACGACGUGCAAGGUCUGCGCGCGCUUCUUCUCGCACUUGCGCCGCAAGCACCACUGCCGAGCGUGCGGCCACCUCAUCUGCAAGCAGUGCUCCGUGUUUCAAGACCUCGCGCUCCCGGCGACGGGCCUCACGACGAUCCGCGUCUGUGCAGCGUGCGUGACGCCUACAACGACACCGAGUCUGACAAGUGCCAAGCCGACGCCGCCGCCGCUCGUGCUCGAGCUCGAGACGCCCAAGAAGGGUGGGGUCGUCGAGCGCCGGUACUUUGGCAAGCACGGCAUUCACCUCCAUAGUCCGACAACGCAGAGCCCAACGCGCCGCACGUCGCCGCCGCGAAGUCCGAUCACGUUCCUCUCGACGCCGACCCGGCUCAAGACGCUUCCGUCGAGUCGGCCAGACCGCACGGCCACGCUGCAAGCGCUCUGCGACCUUGCGAGCACGACGCUCCAGUGCAAGUUUGCGGGCUUGUCGCUGCGGCACGGCGCCGUGCUCCAGCACUACCUCAAGGUCAACCAGAAAGGCAAGCUCCUCUCGGUGCCGAGCCAAAUGGGCAUUUGCAGCCCCGUGCUGAGCAUCGGGGGCCCGCUCCUCGUGCUCGACACGCAAACCGAAGGCGGACCGAUCGAGUGGGCCAAACUCCCAAUCGUGGCCGGGCCCCAGCGCGCGCGCUUCUACGCCGGCGCACCGCUCGUCGCGGCCAACGGCGAUGUGCUCGGCGCCAUCUGCGUCUUUGACCCGGCGCCGCGCACCUCGAUUCCGCCCAACCAACUGCGCGUCAUGCAAAACCUCGCCGAACUCACGCUCGCGUCGCUCGACCCCAAGCAGGUGCGCGUCGACGAUGCGCGCACCGAAGACGCGAGCGACCUCGAGGCGCAGCUGUGGCAGAUGUUGCUAAAAGCGCACAACACGCAGCGCCAAGUCGUCGAGCACAACCAAUCCAAUGACGCCCACGCGUCACCGGCCAUCCUCGGUGUCUAAGACGAUAGAUCAUGUAUCGCAGGUUGAAUCCAUGUAUGUAUCCUUCGAGUAGUAUGUUGCUGUUGAAUGGCAUCUCAGUAUGCAUCCGGCGCA